GAAAUUGUCAAACCCCACUAACCCCAAGCAAUUUAAACUUCGAUCAACCUUAUCAUCUGCUGGGCUUGUAUGCCCGCUGAUCAUCAGUUGACCUUUUCGUUUGUUGCUACUCUCAUUCAUGAUGUUUGCCACGGAGAAAUUAAUGGGGUUUUCGGCAUGGGAAAAAAGAUAUAAAUAGAACCAUAUAUGAUCUUCAACCACUAAACUACCCGAGUAUUAUAUAUCUUCAACAACCCAAUUAAUUACGUACCUCUAGAAAGCAAGCCUGCUCCAUCAGCUACGAUGAAUUCAUCAAGUAGUUCAUCCUUCUACAUGCUAUCUUGCCUCGUCGUGUUAGUGCUUCUCCCUUUGCCAUCCCUCUUGGCUGACCCUGACUCAUUACAAGACUUUUGUGUCGCUGAUUUGAGUGCCUCUACGUCAAUUAAUGGCUUUCUUUGCAAACCAGCAUCAAAUGUAAGUUCAGAUGAUUUUUUCUUUGAUGGACUGAGCAAAGAGGGAAACACAACAAACAUCUUUGGCUCGAAUGUCACCGCAGCUAAUGUCCUUACAUUUCCUGGACUUAACACUCUUGGGAGUUCAAUCAACCGAGUGGACUUUGCCAUUGGAGGAGUUAAUCCACCCCACUCUCACCCUCGUUCAACUGAGACUGAUCUGGUUAUUUCAGGGCAGGUACUUGUCGGGUUUGUGACAACUGGGAACGUGUAUUUCUCAAAAGUUUUGACUGCUGGACAGAUCUUUGUCAUUCCUAAAGGACUUGUACAUUUCCAAAAGAAUGUUGGACCAGGGAAGGCCCUUAUCUUCACCACUUUCAACAGCCAAUUACCAGGGGCUGCCGUCGUCCCAUUAAAUCUCUUUGCUUCAACACCAUCGAUUCCUAACGACGUGUUGACUAAGACCUUCCAAGUAGGAGAUGAUGUUGUCAAUUCCAUUAAAUCCAAGUUCGGUUCUUAAGCUCAUGAGGCCUUCCGCAUAGCCUCCCAUGCAUUGAUUUGAAGACUGUGUAAUAGUGCUUUUGAUAAAGCUUGCCUCCAUUUUUUCAUGCUGUUAUUCAUCAGGUUACCUGUCUGUUUUGUAAUGGUUAUUCACUUGUUCUUUAAUUAUACAAUAAAGGUUUUUAUCUGUUAUUCAAAAGUUUAUA